AUGAGAAGAUAUGCUAGAAAUGACAUUAUGUUCCCUGCAGCUGUCCUCUUUUCUUCAGUUAUUGUAAAUACAGCCUUUGCGAUAGAAGAAACGAUUGCUAUUCAGGGACAAGCAGGGUUCAUACCCUGCCAUGCUUUUCAAUUUCUAAAGAGCCCUCAAGCAAAACCAGUUCUUCUCCGAUGGUUCCACAGUCGGCACUACAAACCGAUCUACACUUUAGAUGUGCGUUUUAUCGACUCUUCCACUUCGACAGAAGUUUGGGGAAGUGGACGGCAUUUUCCAUCACCUGAAGGUGAAGGGCGGAUGUAUCUCGACGUAAAUUCAAAUCCAAUGGUACUCAGAAUUGAUCCCGUGCUUUAUGAAGAUUCUGGAGUAUACACUUGCCGACUUGAUUUUAAAUCACAAAGAUCUGUGUUUGCAACAGUGGUUUUGAAAGUUAUAG